CACACACACACACACACACUAGAAGAACACUUCCGUUCUGCAAAACAUGAUGCACAAAAACAUUUUUUAGAAAGACGGAUUCACUUCUUCUCUAAAUGUUCCAACCGUGCAUAACUUACUAGCUAAUAUUAACUUCUUUGAAAAAGUUUCAACUACGGACCAGGUUAGUGUCAAUGCACGAGACUGGGUGUCUCUGUAUUUCUAGCCAGUUAGCUUGAAUUGCAAACAGAACUAACGCUAACGUUAGCAAGCUAAUUUAGCCUGGCUGUAUGUUUGCAUAAGAUGACUGGUUAGCUAAGUUUGUGUGCUUUGCCUUACAGAGACAUUCGAACAGUUGGCUCUAAUAACGUGUUACAGGAUUGAACAAUGGCUUCGAUUGUAGCCCAGUGUCACUACAUCUUCGGUUUGCGGACAGGAGUAGUAAAUAAUAUUUGCUACUUCGAUGAACAGACUGUCAUCUUCCCAUGCGGAAACAACUGUGUACGCUACAACAUUGACCAGAGAUGGCAGAGGUUCAUUCCAGGCACAGAAAAAAGUCAGGGCAUGCAGGCCCUGGCCAUCAGCGCCAACCGCCGCUACCUGGCCGUGUCAGAGCGUGGUGAGAAGGGCACCAUCACCGUGUACGACCUGCAGCACGAGCAGAGCCGGAAGAGGAAGGUGCUCAGUGGGGGAGAGGUCCCCGUGCUGGAAUUUGUCUCCAUGGCCUUCUCCCCCGACUCCAAGUACCUGAUAGGGCAGGCAGGAGCCCCCGACUGGACCCUGUUCUACUGGAUGUGGGAGAAGCAGAAGGUCAUGGCCUCAGUGAAGACGACAGGGACCACCAACCCCAUAAACCAGGUCAGCUUUAACCCGCAGGACAACACCCAGAUCUGCGUGAGCGGCAAUGGGGUCUUCAAGCUCUUCCGCUAUGCUGAGGGCGCCCUGAAGCAGUCCAACUUCCUUAAGCUGGAGUCCCAGAACUUCCUGUCGCACACCUGGAUGUCCGAGGAGCGUGUCAUAGCGGGGACAGAGACGGGCAGGCUGCUGGUGUUUGAGUCAGGUGACCUGCGCUGGGAGAUGAGCGUCACCACCAAGCCUGCCACGCAGGAGGCAGACAGACAACUAGAGAGGAGAAAGCCAGAGGAGGCCAAGUCAGAGGGGGCAGCCCCAGCCCGUAUGCCCAGAGUCACAGCCAUCACGUCCUACUCUAAGGGCUUUGCCUGCUCCGCCGGCCCAGGGACCGUGUGUCUGUUUGAGAAGACAGAGGAGAAGGAUAACUACAGAAAGACUAGGGAGAUCAGGAUCCCUGCAGACCCGUGCAGCAACGAGCCGAGUCAUGCGGAGCAGCAGGAGAUGGUCACGCUGUGUAUCAGUCCGUCAGAGGAGACCCUGGUCACCAGUACAGACCGUGGUCAGCUCUACAGCAUCACCCUGUCCUCUGCUGAGAUGAGCAAGGGGGAGCAAGCCCACUUUGAGUUCCUGUCCCACUCGUUUCACUCCAACAUCAUCACAGGUCUGUCCAUCUGCAUCCGCAAGCCCCUCAUCGCCACAUGCUCCCUGGACCACUCUGUACGCAUCUGGAACUUUGAGACCAAUGUGCUGGAGCUGCAUAAGGAGUUCCAGGAAGAGGCCUUCAGCGUGGCCCUGCACCCCUCUGGUCUCUUCAUCCUGGUGGGCUUCUCCGACAAGCUGCGCCUCAUGAACCUGCUCAUCGACGAUGUUAGGACCUUCAAGGAGUUCACUGUCAGGGGCUGCAGAGAGUGUGUUUUCAGCCAUGGGGGACACAUGUUUGCUGCUGUCAACGGAAACCUCAUCCACAUCUACUCCUCCACUACAUUUGACAACCUCUUAAAUCUGAAGGGCCACAAUGGAAAGGUGCGGGCCAUCGUGUGGAGCACGGACGACAGUCGCCUGGUGUCGUGCGGGAUGGACGGGGCCGUGUACGAGUGGAACACGCUGAACAGCAAGCGCGAGUCGGAGAGCGUUCUGAAGUCCUGCAGCUACACUGGCGUCACCAUCUCGCCCGAUGCCAAGACUAUCUUCGCUGUGGGGACAGACUGUACCCUUAAGGAGAUCCAAGACUGUCAGAUCCUUAGGGAGGUGGCAGCGGACGACGUGGCCUACACCACCAUCGCUAUGUCCCGCUCGGGACGGAUGCUCUUCGCAGGGACCUCCAUCGGGACCGUCAGGGCCAUCAAGUACCCUCUAUCCACACAGAAAGAUUGGAUCGAGUACCAGGCCCACUCAGGGGCUGUCACCAAGAUGGUGAUCACGUUUGACGACCAGUAUCUGCUGACGGUGUCUGAGGACGGCUGUCUGCUCAUCUGGAAGAUCAUAGACAAGGAGGGCCGCGGCCUGAAGAGAGACAAGGACAUCACCUACGCUGAGGAGAUCCUCAUCACCAAGUCAGACCUAGAGGAGAAGAACCAGAUCAUGAUGGAGCUGAAGACCCGUGUGGAGGAGCUGAAGAUGGAGAAUGAGUACCAGCUGCGUCUGAAGGACAUGAACUACAACGAGAAAAUCAAGGACCUCUCAGAGAAGUUUGUCCAAGAGAUCGAGUCCCUCAAGACCAAAAACCAGGUCCUGAAAAUGGAGAAAGAGAAGCAGGAAUUGUCCCACCAGGAGGUCAUGAGGGAGGUCGUGGAGAAACACUCCAGAGAGCAGCAGGAUUUCGAGUCGACCAGUAACCAGAAGCUGAUGCUGGAGUACGAGAAGUACCAGGAGCUACAGCUCAAGUCGCAGCACAUGCAGGAGGGCUACGAGCGGCAGCUGCAGGCCAUGGAGGACAGCAAGGGCCGCGCCCUGGAGGAGCUCACCCUCUUCUACGAAGCCAAGCUCCAGGAGAAGAUGCUCAUGCUGGGCCAGUGUCAGGACGAGUCCAGGCAGCAGGUGAGGGAGUUUGAGGAGUCCAAGAAGCAGAUGGAGGAGGACGGAGACCGGGAGAUCCAGGACAUCCGCAUCAAGUACGAGAGGAAGCUACGGGUAGAGAAAGAGAUCAACCUGCGCCUGAAGGGAGAGACUGGUGUCAUGAGGAAAAAGUUCAGCAGCCUGCAGAAGGAUAUAGACGACCGCAACGUGGAGAUUGAGAAGCUGAGGGUGGAGCAGCAGAAGCUACGAGGGGUCAUCAAGUCCCUGGAGAAGGACAUCCUGGGCCUGAAGAAAGAGAUCCAAGAGAGGGACGAGACCAUCCAGGAUAAGGAGAAGAGAAUCUACGACCUGAAGAAGAAGAACCAGGAGCUGGAGAAGUUCAAGUUUGUCCUGGACUACAAGAUCAAAGAACUGAAGAAACAGAUCGAGCCCAGAGAGAACGACAUCAAAGAGAUGAAAGAGCAGAUUCAAGAGAUGGAGGGCGAGCUGGACCAGGUCCACAAGAGGAACACUCAGCUGGAGCUGAACAUCACUGAGCUGAGACUCAAACUGAAAGCCACCGAUAAGGAGAUGCACAAGGAGACGCAGAGGGUGAGGGACGUGGAGGCCCUGGUACGCAGGUUCAAGACAGACCUCCAUAACUGUGUUGGCUUCAUCCAGGAGCCGAAGAGGUUAAAGGACAGUAUCAGAGAGCUCUAUGACCACUACAUCCAGCAGAGUGAUGUGGUGGACAUAGUGGGUGUGGACGCAGACAUCCAGAGGGAGUACAGUCGUCAGAGGGAACACCUGGAGAGGAAUGUGGCGUCUCUGAAGAGGAAGCUGGCCAAAGACACAGAGGUCCACCGGACAGACAACGUCAAGAUCAUGAAGGAGAACGUGUCUCUGAUAAAGGAGAUGAAUGAUCUGAGGCGGGAGCUGCGUCUGCUGAGGACUCAGGUCCACGACUAUAAGAGCCAAAUGGGCAUCAGCAAAAAGAAAGUGAGCUCCUCAGACCUCACAGCGCUGACCUCUGUGGAGGGGAGGGGUUUGGUGACGAGGCUGAAUUUCGAGGAGGAAGCGGAGCGUAUCAUCCAGCUGCAGCGCGUGGAGAUCCAGAGGCUGAAGAUGCAGAUGCAGGGCCAGGGCCAGUACCAGUCCCUAAGACCCCCCUCUAGCAGCACCAAGCUGCCCGUACUCACCACUUGAUCCUGGGGGAGGAGAGGAGAAGGAGGAGGGUGGAGAGGAGUUGUGAUGGUUACCUGAGUUAAGAGUUAUUGGUUAAAAGCUAAAUGUUAUUGGUUUUCUUUAAAAUAAUUUAGCAGAGUUUGAUUGAGCUUGCCUGGCACAAUGGAGUAGAACAGACCUAAAAAAGUGCAAAUCCAGCAUUUCAGGUUGGCUCAAUCAAACGCUGAGCGAAAAUAAAUACUAUUUGAACCCAGGUCAGAUUAGGACCCUGAAGGAACUCAGUUUUAAUCGAAUUAACCUGACAUUGGUGGACAUGAGCAGUAGACAUGGCAUAUACCCAAUGAACUACAUACAUGUAGAGAUACAUGUACUGAUUAUACAUGGAGGUAGUCGAGCUGAGGGCAUCUAGCCUGGUCCCAGAUCUGUUUGUGCUGAUUUGCAUGACAAUGACCAUAGGAGUUGGCUAUACAGCACAAACUGAUCUGGGACCAGGCUAGAAGCCACCUGCAGAAACACAGGGCCAGGGAUUGAUCAGGUGGUCUGCCCACAAUAUCUAUCACAUAGUCGCACUGAGUGAAGCAUUGAAAACACCAUUUCAACAGUCAAAUACGAGCAGAGAGUAUUUAUAUUAUAUAGUCGGGCAAUAAGAAGCUAUUUGUGUUAUGUGUGAUGUAAAUAAAGAUUUAAAAAUGUUCCUGAAA